CACACUUACACUAACGGCGGAUUUUCGCGGUACGGGGACGGAAGGCUAAAGCGUCGUGAAUUUUUUGAAACUAUUAUAAAAACACUGUCUUUUACAAAUUUUAUUAGCGCAUACAUCUUAUUGUAAUAUAAGGUAAAUUAUAGGUCAUAAUAAAAUUUUCAUUGUAAUUUUAAACAAUAUUCAUUAGUUUUUGGAGGAUAUUAAAACGAUGAAUAUUGAUAUUUUUUAACAAUCAAAACUUGGUUAUUGGACAUUGUUAGUACAAAUGCCAUUUUGUAAACUGUAAAACAUGUGUUCAUUUAAUUUUCGCGAAUUUUAUUCAUAUUAAUACUGCGGCCGACAUAGUGUUACGUCAGGCGCGCCAUGACGGGUUAAGCUCUAUUUAAAAUGGAGGAAUGCAAUGAUAACAGGAGUAUGGAGAGUACUGAUAGUAAGACCACUCCGUCUCCAAAAUUAAAACCUAAGAAGAGAUCACUUGUUGAAAGAGAACUUGAAACCAGUCUAACUUCUAAAAUAACAUCUCCAAUAUUAAACAGCAAAACAAUAAAUACAAGUCGGUAUGGUAGGGCACGCAAAUUAAAAAACGACAAUGAGAGAAAAAUUGAAUCACCAUUGCCAAUUCUUUGUACACAACAAUCACCAACUCGAGGAUUAUCUGCAUACAAAAUGUAUGCUUCAAACUCACCUACUAAUCUUCAAUCUAUGAAACAUGGCUUUGAUAAUCAAAUUGAAAAUAUUUACAAUCAAAACAUAGCACUAAGUCGAUUUAGUUCUGAUGAAAAGACAGAAAAGAUGACAAAAUCUAAAAUCUAUAUGAGGAAAGACCUUUUACAAACAAGAGAUAAAGAGGAAACCAUAAUUUUAAUUAAAAAUAUGUUUUCUCCAAAUAAAAAUGUAUCUAAACCUGAAGUGACUUUAUCCUCUGAAAAAUCAAGUAAAAAUCACAAAAGAGACUUAUCAUCGGUGGUAAAAACAUUGGAUUUUGAUGGCAAGAAGAAAAAGGAUGGUCAAGAAAAGAAGAUGCCACAAAGUGAUUUGUUUGAACUAGAAGCACAAUGUGAAUAUCAAGUUGGGGAUUUGGCCUGGGCUCGAAUGGGAUCAUAUCCAUUUUGGCCAAGCAUAGUGACUAGAGAACCUACUAGUAAUUUGUUCAUUAAAAAAAAGUUAUUUGGGAAAUUAGAAAAGGACUUAAUACAUGUGACAUUCCUUGGUGACAAUGGACGUCGGAGCUGGAUCUUAGUCUCAAUGCUGAGGAAGUACUUGGGACGUCAAGAGUUUGAAACUGCAAGAGAGAGUUUCACAUCUGAGGCAAAAAAAAAGGAUUACAGACUGUAUGCAGCAUUUUUUGUGACUGGUAAAAGACUACCUCUUUGGCAUUUAUCAGUGGAGGAAGCAGAUAUCCUCUAUAAGGAACCAAAAAGGCUUAGAAUAGAUAUUUUAAAUUCUAUGCUGACUAAAGGUAAAGAACAUAAAGCAAUACCUGCCAAGAGCAAAAAGGUUUCUAGAACAGAUAGCGAUAUUUCUCUCAGUGAAAGUUUGUAUGAUAGUCUGUUUUCUGAAGAAGACUUUAGAAGCUCUGAUAUAGAACCUGGUAGGAGUAAAACUAGAAAAAAGUCCUUUGAUGUUUCUGAAGUUGUUACUGCUUGUCUUGACAAUAUGGCUGCAAAAACAGGUAUUACAAAAAUCCAAAAACAAUCACAUAUGGAUAUAUGGUUACAGAAAGCAAAAUCGAAAACGCCAGAAAAAUGCCCAUUUAAACAAUCCAAAUCUGAACAAAAAGUAAAAGUUAAUUCUAAAUCAUGCAAUGAAUCAAAUGCUAGUAUGGAAUAUAAGCAAAACCAUGAAAGAGAACAUGAUUACUUUACAAGAAGUGCAAAUACUAAUGGAUAUUUUGAUGAUGAAAUUGUUAGUGGAAGUGAAUUUAAGGAUUCAAUAAAUAUUACAAGUAACCUUUCUCAUAAUAAAGAAUCUGAUGGUGCUAGUGAAUUAUGUACAAAUAUAUGUAAAAAAGAUGUCUUAGGUAUCUCGCCAGAUAUCAUGGAUGAAAAUUUUACUGAGAUUGAAAUUAUAACUAAUGAAGAUAUGAUUGUAGAUCAGUGUGAUAUAAAUGAAUUGAUUUCGAAGGUUGAGCAAAGUAAUCAUGUAGAAGAACUUCAAAACAGUACAAAUCUUGAACAUCCACAUGGUAAUAGUAAACCUAAGUUAGAACAAAGUAAUUUUAGUAAUAAAUUUUCAUUAAUUGAUGUUUUAAAUGAUGAAAAAGAUAUUAUGGAAAAAUGUCUUAACAUAAUCAGUAUUGAUCAACAUGAAGUUGAGGAUAAUACUAACUGUAAUCAUAAAACAAAUAAUAUAAAAGUAAAUAAAGCUUUGCGUAAACUAAUCAAUAGUAUAUCUAGUUCCAAAAAUAAUGUGUCAAAUAACAAUAUGGAACUUUUUUCCAAUAAUGUCUCUGGUGACAAAUCAUUAAUUGUAAGUGAUGAAAACAAAUCAGACACUACGUUAUCUGAAUUAGACAGUAAUGGCACAAACAACAUAAAAUCAGAUUUAACAAAUUUAAAAAGUGACAACAAAGUCCAGGAUAAUGUUUUCUACAAAGAUAAUAAAACUGAAUUGACGUUGUUAGUUAUUGAUAAAGAUAUAAUUACGAAUGAUAAAAAAAAUGAAACCCUAGAAAAUGAAGUAGAAUAUACAGAAGAGUCUGCGGAUUGUAUAGCAAUUGAUGGAAAACAGCAUACAACUUCAACUAAAGCAAUUAUAAGUUCUACAGAAAAGGCUAGGGAUACUGAAAGUUUGUAUGAAAUUGUUUCUGAUCUUCAAUGUGGUAGUACUGUAGCCACUAAUUUGAAUUCAUCCCAUUAUGAUGAAGUAGUCCAAGAAAAUGUUGAAACUUAUAUUCCCAAAGUAUGUGAAGAUGUUACUUUGCAUUUGGAACAAGAAACUGAAACAAUGGCAAUUCCUUUCAGCAUAAAAAAAGGAAAGACCAUUGAAAUCUUAAAAGAAGAUAAAACCAACGGCUUGAGUCUGUAUGAUGACAAUAAAUUAGAAAAUGAAAAUUCAAGCGAUUUCGUAUUGACUUAUAAUCUUGACAAUGAGUGUAAUUCUGAUAGUACAAAUGAUAUGGACUUAAUCACCUCGACUACUAGUGAAAAAAACAGCUUAAUUUGCGAACAUAACAAAAAGAUAUUGCCUUUUGUAGAACUGGACUGCAAUGAAACCCAAAAAAAGGAUGGUGGAAAUAAAUUGGAAAAUAAUUGCAAAAAUAUUGUAGACGUCACCAAAUCAAAAGGUACAAAAGAUACUAAGGAUCAUUUCUCUAGUCAAGAAAAUAGUUUUAAAAAUGCAGAAUUUUUAAAAUAUAUCGAACAAAAACAGGAUUUAAUUAUGGAUGAAAAUCCAAACCUUACCUAUGAAGAAGUAACUGCUUACUUGUUAAAGACUUGGCAGUAUGAACAAAAUUCAAAAUCUGAUAAAAAGGAGUCAAAUAUUAUUGAAUUAGGUACCACAGAUAAGAAUGACCAUGAUUCUCUAGAACCUAAAAAGAAAAAUAAGACAAGGGGAAGAAGAGAUAGGUAUUUACAAACUUCAAUCGACAUUAAAGAAUUACAAAAUAAUGCAAAAAAGAGUUGUACGCAGAGUAAACCAAAGGCGGAUAAUGAAAAUUCUAAUUUUCCUUAUGAACAAUGUGAUAACAAUAAUAAGAAAGAAGUAAGUGUUAGUUUAACACCCAAUAAAGUUAAUAUUGGUGAUUUAUUACCACUUAAUAAUAUUAAAAUCGGAGUAAAUGAACAAUCCUUUAAAGAAGAGAAUAUUUCAAUUUCUAAUACAAAUUUUGACCAGCAAAUAUGUAAUACCAAAAAAGAUGUGAUGAUAAAUUCAAAAGAAAUAGAAUCUUUUUCUAUCAAAAGUACUGAUAUAAACACAGUUGGAAAUCAAGAUUCAGAAAACUACGACAGUGGGGAAUAUUUUGUCAAUAAAGUCAAGGAUAAUAAUUCUAAAGAGAUACUUUUAUUGGAAGAUACAAAAGCAAUACCUAUUUCCAAAGAAAAAAAAAUUGAAAGCAGCACAUCAUGUGAAUUUAAAAAUAUGACAGCCGUAAAUGAUUUAUCUCAUUCUUCCGGCAUUGUAGAAAUGAGCAAUGAUGGAAUAAGUUUGAUUAAAAGUGAGAAUAAUGAUUUAGCACGCUCUGGACUAAUGGAAUCUGAAAAGCGAAAUGAAAAUAAUGUCUCAAAAAGUCGUUUGUCACUAAGGCGUAAAAGAAAUGUAUUGGGUAGUGACACUGAUAGUGAUUCUGCAAAAAGUCAAAUUGGUAACUUCAAUGAAAUUUUAAUAAGUAAGGAGGAUAGUAAUAUGAAAGAAGGUGAAAAGAGCAGUACGACGAUGUCAAACAAUGAACCUGAACUAACUUACAGUUGUAAAAGUGAUUCCAGUCUAAAAUUAUCAUCAUGUAAAGACUAUGCGGACGUUAAGUCAGAUAAUACUUUAAAUAAAUCGAGAAUGUCUAGCUCGCCACCCUCAGAAGGUUUAACGAGAAAAAAACAAUCAAAAAUUGACGAUUUUAUAAAAAGAACAAAAGAUUUAAAUUUAUCAUUUAAUUCUAGUACUGAUAAAAAUGUUAAAACUGUCUGCAGUAAAAUUCCAACAACUUCUCAGGAUUCUAGUAACAUAAUUGAUCAUAAUGAUAUAAGUCACGUUACCCCAAAUUUAGAAGAGAAUGAAAACAUACUUUCUAAGCGCCAAUCGCGUAAAGAAACACAGCCUAUAAAGGGUAAAGAUCUAGAAAAUCCGGAAUUUUUAGAAUACUUAGAGUUAAGACAAGAUCAGUUAAUGGAUGAACAUCCUGAACUUACACUGGAAGAAAUUGCUACUUACCUUUACAACACCUGGUUCUUUGAAGAAAGCAUUAAAUCUGACAAUAAGAAAACUGAUGAUUUAGAACAAAGAUCCUUAGUUAAAGGCCUGAGUCAGGAUAUUGUAGGUGUAAAAAACGUUCGAAAAAAAGGUGGUGUUGAUAAAGAGAAAGAUAUUAUGUCUAAAAUGGAGGUCCCAAUUAAAGAAAAAUCUAAAAGAAGGGCUGAAAGGCAGUUUUAUAGAGAAGACUUUUCUGAUCUCGAAGAUGAACUAGAUGUUUAUCAGGUUUUUAAUUCUACAUCAGAACGUGACACCAAAGAUGAUGAGCAAAGUACUUCUAAAAUUAACAUAAAUACCAAUAAAGAAGUGUUGCCUCGGGAUUUCGAAACCGCUUACGGGGUUGACGAUUCUACUAUGGGCGAAGAAGAUAUGGCAGAAAACUUUGAUCAAGUGGAAGAAUAUUUUAGAAAACUGACAGAGCCAAAGCCAAAUUUGUUUAAGGGGCUAAUCAGGGAAAAACUCUGUCAAGUAUGCGAAAGACCGGGGGAUCUUAUUAAAUGUAAAGGUUGCUACAGCUUCUUUCACGUCAACUGCAGUAGAAAAGGGGUGGAAAUAAAAGAAUCUCCGAACCCAGUUAGGGGUAGAAAAAAGAAACGUAAAAAUAGAGGUCGAAAACCGAGAUGUUUAGAUGACUCCUUUGAAGAUCACAGUGACAAAUCACAAGAACACGACAUGUCAUUCGAACAUGAAACGGAGUCACAUACAAUUGCAAAUGCUGACGAAUUUGAAGAAAAGCUAUCAGAGAAAUUGAGAGAAAUUAUUGAAAAUCCUGACUUAAAAUACGACACCAACUCCAGUGAAGAAGAGCUAGAUUGGAGUGACACGGAGAUUGGAGCGUGCAAGAUUGUGGAGAUAAUACCAAAAAAGAAAAAGCAAGAAUCAAUAGAUUUCAAAUGUACUGACUGUGAAGAAAAUAGCAUACCAAUAUGUUUUGUAUGUAAACGUGCGAUUUCGGCAAAGAAACAAAUCGCUCACAGGCAAAAAUGUCAGGUGACGCACUGUAACAAAUAUUACCAUAUCGAAUGUUUGGAACAUUGGCCACAGACCCAGAUAACUACUGGAGAGAAAAAAAGUAAAGAAUUCGUUGAAUCACUGCAGUGUCCGAGGCACGUGUGCCACACGUGUGUUUGUGAUGAUCCUAGAGGCUGCAAGACGAGGUUUAGUGGAGACAAGCUCGCGAGAUGUGUGAGAUGUCCAGCUACUUACCAUGCAUUUACAAAAUGUCUACCGGCUGGUACACAAAUUCUUAGCGGUUCACACAUCAUCUGUCCGAGACAUUAUGAGCAUAGGCCAGGAAAAGUUCCUUGUCACGUUAACACGGGGUGGUGCUUUAUCUGUGCGUUGGGGGGUACAUUGAUCUGCUGUGAGUACUGUCCUACGUCAUUCCACGCCGAGUGCCUGAACAUAGAACCCCCGGAAGGUGGUUACAUGUGUGAGGACUGUGAGACGGGAUGUUUGCCGCUUUACGGGGAAAUGGUGUGGGUGAAAUUGGGACAUUACAGAUGGUGGCCGGGAUUAAUAUUACACCCGAGUGAGAUUCCCGAGAACAUAUUAGCCGUGAAGCACGCGCCGGGUGAAUUUGUCGUACGAUUUUUUGGGCAAUACGACCACUACUGGGUGAAUAGGGGCAGAGUUUUCCCAUUCCAGGAAGGUGAUACCGGCAGAGUCUCAAGCAGAAAUUCUAAAAUAGACGCUGCAUUUUCUAUGGCAGUCGAACAUGCGCACAGAGCUUAUAGCAUAUUGAAAAAUGAAUCUCCUAGUAAUGAAGGCGAUGACGAUAUAGCAUCAUCUCUUUUACCCCCACACUUUGUGAAGCUCAAAGUUAAUAAGCCAUGUGGCUCUCUGAUUAAUAAGAAGAUUGACAUAGAAGAGAGUUCCCUUACCCAGUGCGAUUGUGAUCCUAACGUCGAAGACCCAUGUGGACCAUACUCACAUUGUCUUAAUAGGAUGUUACUCACGGAGUGCGGUCCCAUAUGUCGGGCGGGAGAACGGUGCUGUAACCGUGCUUUUGAAAAACGCCAGUACCCUCGGAUGGAGCCGUAUCGCACACCUGCUAGGGGUUGGGGACUACGGACUCUUGAAGAUAUUAGAGCUGGUCAGUUCGUAAUAGAAUACGUGGGCGAGCUGAUAGAUGAAGCGGAGUUUCAGCGACGGAUGAAGUGGAUGCAUCAAGUUAGAGAUGAAAACUACUACUUCCUCACAUUGGAUAAGGAGAGGAUGAUUGAUGCGGGGCCUAAGGGAAAUUUGGCCAGGUUUAUGAACCACUCGUGUGAUCCGAACUGCGAGACACAAAAGUGGACAGUGCUGGGUGAUGUUAGAGUUGGUCUCUUCGCGCUAUAUGAUAUACCAGCGAAAAGUGAGCUGACAUUCAACUACAACUUAGAAUGCGCGGGAAUCGAAAAGAAGCGUUGCCUGUGUGGUGCUGGGCGGUGUUCAGGGUUUAUGGGAGCAAAGCCAAAGGAGGAGCCAAAGAAAAACAAAGUAAAACGGACAUACAAAAAACGAAAGCGGAUAGAAUUAUCGCCCACAAACGAGCUGCCCAAACCAAAACGCCGACAACCGAAAAAUCGGGAACUCACAGAGAUCGAGAAGGAUCUCAUCAUCAUCAAGAAUGCCACCAACGGCAUAUCCAGUGAUUCCGAAAGCAGCGGAAGACAUACCAGCAUUGAUAGUGUUAAACGAAAGAGAAGUGAAAACGGUUCCCCGAGCACUAAAAGGGUUAAAAUUGAUAAAAAGAAAAUUGACAAACUUGACCAAACGUUGGUCACCCCGCAAAGUAAAAGGACAGAUGUAAAUCACAAAAGUUUUGACGUUGAUUGAUUGUGUUGUGUCUGCGAGUGUAUUUUAAGUGAGAUUAAUGUGCUACGUCAAAUAAGUUUUACCCCCUUAUUCAAUAUAUAUAUGAAUCAGUCUUCUUGCACUCUUGUCUCUUUCUGUCAAAUUGUGUUUACAAUGUGAUGAAAAGAGACAGUUGCCUACAUUGAUUUUUAUUAGAAUAAGGGAGUAUUUUUCAUAUAAUUUUGUAGUGUCCAGUCUUCGUAUACCUGAGUACGAUAAUGUCCGUUUCUGACAGCUUGAAUUUUCCAUACGAUUUGUCUAGUUUUAACGAUAUUCAAACGGUAUCUUCGUGCUUCCAUUUAGUACUAAAUAUGCUCCCGUGUUAUUUCAAAUAAUAAUUUGUCUAUUGUGUUAAAUUAUAUUUUAGAAUUCGUGUUAAGAAUAAAUUUAUCACGAGAAUUAAGUGUCUUAAAUAGUUUUAGCCUUAGGCUUUGUAGAGUAGCUCGGUCGGUUUACCGCGUCAGCAAGGUUACUCUGUAAUUUCUAUACCGAUUUUAUAUGACUAUUCAUAUGUAUGUAGGCAUGAGAUUGAGUCUCGCUAAGUUACGUGCCAAUAAUUCGGAAACUUUGCCACAUAAUUCGGAAAUGAUACAGUAGUUAAGUAUAACCUAAAUAUAGUUUCAAGAGCUGUCAAACCAUUGACUAUAGAAAGUUUGACAUUUAACAAUACUCAAAAUAGAUCAGAGAAAUAAAUUGGAAUAUGAACAACUCUAUUCAGAUUAUUAUUGGUAUCAAUAGAUAAAGAUAUUUACAGAGUAACCGGGCUGAUUGGCCAAAAUGUGUGGUAAGUGAAAACCAUAAAGAGUUUGUAUAUAGUUUGUAGUAUAAUGCAAAAAUAACUUUGUCUAAAAAGAGACGGUACAUCAUAAGCCGCCUGUAGUUCACAUAGAGAUAGCAGAUAAAAAUUGUGCAAUGUACACCGCUUGAGGCGAAGUUGACUAAUUUACAUUGAAUUAUGUUACCAAUGGCAAAUCAGUCGUUUAUGUAAAAAAUAUACAAUUUAAUAAUGAACUGCCUGGCUAGUUAUAAUAUUGACAGUAAUUGCUUGAAUAUAUUUUAAGAUUGU